UGUGUGAUAAAUGCAAUUUUUUACACGUACGCAUUGAACAACAAAGAAGCUUUGCAGUACACAACUGAUAUGUUUAACAUGGAAAAACACUCUGUAAGGAAGAUGUAUAUGUGUUACUUGGCAGAAACAAUAAUUGUAUUCCUGUGCAGCGUUACACUUGCAGUUGGUGUGAAACAAGAUAAUCGCCACCUUUUCCUUCCUUGGAUAUGCUGCGUGUUCCUCGAGUGUUUCGGUUUAGUUGCCAUUGUGAUUUUCAUUAUAUAUUCAAUUAUAGUCCGGGGAUUUCAGCUUGUCUUUAUACUGAUGCUUUUCUUUGUGUUUACUGGAUUUCUAUUUCUGGUAUACAUGCUAUUGUGUGUUCUAUCGCAGUAUCAAUUGCUGGCUAAUGGUAUACUUCCGACGGCUUACAGAAUCGCUAACAAGUCAAGCAGCUACGAUAUAGAAAAUAGAAUUGCAUACAUCACUCCAAGUUACGGAAUGCCUCAAGAAAUCAGUCCGUACGGAAUGCCCGUUGCUGUUGCCACGUAUCAAACCGUUUCACACGAUAAGUCUGUUUCAACCAAUGCUUGAGCUGUGUGUAAAUCAUGCCACUCGAUAAAUGCUUAUGUAUGAAAAAUGCGGCAUUCGACAUUGUAAAAAAAAAAACAAAAGAAAAGCUUACCUUUCUCGCGUAUGUGUAACCUCGAUAUAACGCCACCAUUUGUUUGCCUUGAAAUUUGCACUAAAGCGAAUGAAGUAUCUGAAACUACGUACAGUACAGUAAUGGGCUGUACACUCGUUUGAAGUUUUGCAACUCACGUGAUUCUCUGAUGACAAUGGGUAGCGAUAUAUAGGGAUUGAGUCACAUAUAGUAACAAUUAAAGGUUAAACAGGAAGCACAUCGGAACACGAAGAGAUUAUCGCACUUUUCUGACUCGUUUCGAGUUGUGUUGAGAGAGGCACGUGCCACUCUCGACACGUGAACGACUUGGUAUCACGUGAUAUUCUCAACACCUUGUUGUAAUGUAUACGAUAAUGUUAAUGAAUUGUAAUUUGUUGCUUUUGCUGUCAUUUUAUUAAAA